AUGUCUCUGGAAGGCCGCAUAGAAGAACCGGAACUGCCCGAUGGGCUUCAAAACUUGCGCUCAUUCAAGCUGCGCUUCGCAGCCCAUAGGGAGUUAGGGAGAUCGCGAGUUUCAGCAGUCAAACCUCUCGGACUACCGGCCUUAGUAACCGACAAGUGCGGAGGGCGAGAGGCUAACGACAGCUUAGACAAGAGGGUCGAGAGUGAUGCAUUAAGGCGAGUGGCCAUCGCGUUUCGGUUGGGGCCAAGAGACAAGCACUUGGCACCUCAGUUGUCGUCACAAGAGUAUGGAUGGUGGAGUAGUGAAGGUGGGAGAUGGAAGGAGUCUCAGUGGUUGCACCACCACAUUAAGGAUUCACCCUGGCUUAAAACUAGCUUGAGAGUACUUACUUCGGAUGCAAUUUCACAGAGAUAA